AUGUUAGGAGAUCCGGCGAGGACUUCUAAUUAUUGGAUUGAAGCUGCUUUGAGUGAUUUACAAUAUUGGUAUGAAGAGAAAUUAAAGUCUUUAGAAGUUAUUACACCGGAAGAUGUUGAGGCAUUUAUCCCGGAACUUUUGAAAAGAGGAUUUGUUGAAAGUCUUGUACAUGGGAAUUUAACUGGAAAGGAAGCGAUUGAGAUUUCAGAGUUACCUACUAAGAUUUUGGAUCUCAAACCGGUUGAAAGUGGAGAAUUGAGAAAAUCACAUUCAUUGAGUAUUCCUAAAGGCACGAAUUUGAUAUAUGAGCGAGAUUUAAUCGAUCCAUCCAACUUGAACAGUGCGGUAAACUAUUUUACAGAUGUAGGAGACAUAACAUGUCAUUCAACUCGAACCAAAUUACUCCUCUUAACGCAAUGCAUGAAAGAACCGGCUUUUACUCAAUUAAGAACAAUUGAACAACUGGGGUAUAUAAUUAAAUUGAAAGAAAUGACAAAUGAAGAAUUUGAGGAUCAGAAAAUAAGUUUAAUUCAUAGAUUAUCAAAAGAUUUUGAAAACCUUUGGGAAGAAGCAUCACAUUAUUGGUCUCAUAUUCAUUCGGGUUAUUAUGCAUUUGAAGAAAGGUAUGAAGAUGCAAAAAUGAUACAACAAAUUACUAAAUCAGAAAUGGAGGAAUUUUAUCAAACUGCAAUAAAUCCCAAAUCUACUAAAAGAUCAAAACUUUCAAUUCAAAUCAAAUCACAAAAGGUUCCAGUACCAAUUGAAUUGAUUGAAGAAUCAGGUUUAAAAGAAAAAAUUGGACAAAAGAAGAUUGAUUUUGAGGAAUUGAAUAGGUUACUUAAAGAAUUAGGAUUAAGUGAUCAGAAAUUGACUAAGGAAGUAAUAGAAGAUGUUUCAAUGGUUAAGCCGGUGUUGGUUUUGGAUGGAAUUGAUGGGUUGAGAAAUAGGUUGGAGAAAACUAAUUGUGCUAUUCCUCAUCCUGAGUGCAAAAUUGGAACACUUGAGAUUCCAAAAAAACCGAUUGAAAACAAAGUUUGGGAAAAAGUUUAA